GUCUUCACAAUUCAGUUAUUUUCCUCUCAACCCCCUUCUAUUUUCCCAUCAACCAAACAACUCUUUAAAAACCGUAAUAAAUUUUCCCUCGCCGAUCUCAACCUCCACCACCACCAGUCCACCACCCUCCCUCGCCGAUCUCCUAUCAACCACAGCCCCACCCAAUAACUCCCCUCGCCAUCACCAUCCUCACUGGCUUCUAACCAAACCCUAGCUCUCAUCAAUUCGGCUGCUGAACAAAUUACGACCCAACCAUGAAUGAAUGAGUUUUCAGUUAUUUGACCAGACCCAUUUUUCAGAUCUAAUAAACUUCGCAUAAAAGUCCUGCCUUUGGGUAUUGAAUUGAAUUUGUGGGUUUUCAGAUUUAACGGAAAUGGCGACGAGGAAUAGGACCAUACUGUUUAGGAAGUACAGAGACGCACUGAAGAGCGUUCGUGCUCCGUCGAGUUCUUCGCCGUCGAAUUCAGGCGGCGGCCCCGUCAUCGAAUUGUCUACGACGUCGUUUCUGAACCCCAAUCGCUCUUAUGCUCCCUUGAGUACCGAGGAUCCCGGCAGCUCCAGUAAUGGUGCAGUAACAGUGGGACUACCUCCAGCUUGGGUGGAUGUAUCUGAAGAAAUAGCAGUGAAUGUGCAAGGUGUGCGGACGAAAAUGGCUGAGCUAGCCAAGGCUCACGCCAAGGCUUUAAUGCCCUCAUUUGGAGAUGGUAAAGAAGAUCAACGCAGGAUUGAGGCUCUUUCUCAAGAGAUAACUGAUCUUUUAAAAAAAUCAGAGAAGAGAUUACAGAGACUCUCUGCCGGUGGCCCUUCCGAGGACUCUAAUGUUAGGAAAAAUGUGCAGCGCUCUCUUGCCACUGACCUUCAGAACCUCUCAAUGGAACUUCGCAAGAAACAGUCAACAUACUUGAAGCGCCUCCGGCUGCAGAAAGAGGGUCCAGAUGGGAUUGACUUAGAAAUGAACUUGAAUGGAAAUAAUUCCAGAACAGCAGAAGAUGACUUGGAUGACUUGGGGUUUAGUGAGCAUCAGAUGACCAAACUAAGAAAAAGUGAGGCAUUCACAGCAGAAAGGGAGAGAGAGAUCCAGCAGGUUGUGGUAUCAGUUAAUGAUCUUGCUCAGAUAAUGAAGGAUCUGUCGGUGCUUGUCAUUGACCAGGGGACCAUUGUCGAUAGGAUAGACUACAACAUUCAGAACGUCGCAGCAACAGUUGAGGAGGGCUUUAAACAGCUGCAGAAGGCAGAAAAAACACAAAAACAAGGGGGGAUGGUGAAGUGUGCUACAUUUCUCAUCAUCAUGUGCUUUAUCAUGUUGAUACUCCUCAUUCUCAAGGAAAUACUUUUUUGAGGAGUGUAGGGUUUUUAGACUGUUGCUAUGGACCUGGCUUCGAGUAUUUCAACUUUUACAUACUGAGUUCUGAUUUUUUGGAAGAUGGAGGGAUUCUGAAUUUGCUGAGGUAGAUGCACCAGCUCAGUGCUAUUCUUCGAGACGGUUGAUAUUGAUCCAUCCCAUUUUUUGGUGUAUUACAUGUGAGUUGGGACUACUACAGGCACGUCAUAGAGCGUAUCUACUGUAAUUUGUUGAGGGUUUUUUCUUUUUGGCAAAAAAGACCUGCCUGGUGUUGAUUCUUCUGAUUACCCCGAAAAUUUUGUAACUUCGGCACGGAUAUUCGUUGGUUUGGGGACGAAGAACUUACUCAAUGUACCAAUUCUUUCUUCUUUAAAGUAAACAUGUACCUAUUCUUUCUUGAUAUGGAAUGGAAUGCAUCCUAUUUCAGUAGCUCAAA